AUAUUACGUGGCGAAACAUUGCGGUCUCCGUAGAUCCUGAAAUUUACGUCCUACCAACAUUGUGUGUGCAUGUUAAAAUAUGUAAAAUAGUUUUUAAGUGUACUAUAGUGUGUGUAUACUGUGUUGUGUAGUAAUUAGAACGAGAAAUGUACAGUUCUUCACGCCGGAAUAAGCGAUGACCUCUGAAUUUUGCAGAUUAUGAAGCCCCGGAUGGGGCGGAGCCUCACUCAGGCGCUAUGUGGAGUGCAGGGGUUCUUUUUCUCACACAGAUAGUCAUAUGCCAAUUCGCUACUGAAAACCCUGUACCAUCUACAACAGAAACGGACCAAACUGUCACAUCGUUUUAUGCGCUCAGUACAGAUAUAGCGCCAGCGCCUGUAAUGUUAAAAUUGGGUAACUCAACUAUAGAUAGCACGAAGUCGUUCAGAGUGCCCCAAGCUUCACAGAAGCCAACAGAUGUUACCCAAACAGAUGUUGUACCGAAAAUCGAGAUGGUACCGCAUGUAGUGUCUGUAAAACAUACGUAUUUUGAUCACGACCGAAAAUAUGGACCAAAUUUCGAAGAUACCCCGGAAGGAAAUAUUACUAAAACCACAAUACAGUUAGGCGAGGACGCCUAUUUAAAUUGUAGGAUUAGCCUCCUUUUGGAUAAAACGGUGUCCUGGGUCCGACGUAGAGGUAGAGAUGAGAUGCCAGAACUCCUCACAGUUGGUGCCACUACGUACGCAGCUGACAACCGAGUGACGGUUGCGAAGCGGUACCCUGGAAACUGGAGGCUACUCAUCAGGGAAGUUAAACCUGAUGAUGAAGGAGUAUACGAGUGUCAGAUAUCAACACAUCCGCCAAGAGUUAGCAAGACUUAUUUGCACGUUAAUACACCACAAGUGUGGGUGGUGGACGAGGCAGGAGCGCCACUCUUGGAGAAAUAUUACGAGGCUGAAUCCACAUUGGCGCUGGUGUGUAGAGCUAGGCAUGUGGAGACGCCUGCUCUGCUAACGUGGCUGCAUGAGGGCAGAGCUCUCAACGCUGAUACUACUAGAGGCGGUAUCAGUGUCAAAACAGAACAAGUGGCAGGCGGUGCAGACAGCCUGCUGCGGCUUGCACGUGUAAAUACAAGUGAUUCAGGAAAUUACACGUGCGCAGUCCGCGGCGCCAGGUCGCAUACUGUCUCCGUUCACGUGCUUAAUGAAGAAAGCCUUGCUGAGCUACACGCCGGGACAAUAUCACAGCAUCAGCGCUCGCUAUCAACGGCUACAACGUUAUUAAUAGUGUUAUUUAUAUUAACAGAGCGAUCGUCGUUAUUAAAAACUGUUAUUUUUGUCACAGCUCUAGUUUGUACGUUGACGGCCGAUAGCCUAUCUAAUGAUAAUUUUAUGGUAUUGUUACCUACGUGAUAUGAAAGUUUAGAUGUAAAUACAAGUUUGAUUAUGAAAAGAUAAAUUAUAAAUAGU